AUGAAAAAUUUUUUCGGGAACUGGUCUCCCGCUGCAGAUGAAAAUGGCCGUGAUAAUGACACGCUAGCUGUGGACACUUCAGCAACAACAUCAUCAUCAAAAAGCUCCUCUGUGAAUAACUUGAUCGCUCAUGACGCAAAGAGCAACAUGUCAUCACCCUCAUCGGAAGCAAUGACCAUGGUGGAAUUCAUGGCUGCAUCACGUGCUGAAGAUUACUUUGACAUAAACGGAAGAGCAAAUAGACAUAGAUCGAAUGCCCAUAGAUUUAACUCUCCACAAGUUGAGACAGCCAAAUCUGAAAUUUUGAAUGAUCAGCAAGAUGUUCAUGAAAAAGAGUUUGUGAAAUCGGAUGUGAUUUACAUGUUCGAAGCAGUGAAAGAAAAUGCCAAAAAGAUUUCAAUUAUGGAUGAUGAAGAAAAUAGCAAAUCAUCACUGAUUGAUACUCUCAAUCAAUGCAAAUAUUCUUUUUGUGUCUCUACAAAGAAGCAUGACGAAUUUUGUGGCCAACAUCUUUUACCCACUCUUAACGAUCAAUCAACAGUAAGGUUGAUAUUGAAAAAGGAUUAUUUGGAUACAUUGGACGUAUCCAAAAUUAAAUCUAUAUAUUCUCGAUAUGAGACAACAUUCUUUGUUUGCGACUCUUUGAUUUGGGUUGCUGGAAGUAAUGAGCAUUAUCGAUUAGGUUUGGGUCAUAACCUUCCAUUAACAGUGGUUCCAUCAAUACUUCGUCACAAUUUUAAUAACAAGGAAAUCAAAAAGAUAUGCAUUUUGCGUCAAUCAACAGUAUUUUUAACAGAAGACAACAUGGUCUACGCUUGUGGAGAAAAUUUAUAUGUAAAAGCUCCAUACGAUACAAAACCAAAAAUGCCAUAUCUUGAAAGUUCGACAUACCUUACAAGCGGUAUUGGAGAUGCUGUCAACACAGAAAAUUGCAUCUUCUUUUUGACCCUAGAAGGCACUGUUCUAGUGGCUGGUCAUCCUGAUACCACAGGUCCUUUCUUUGCAACUCUCACUGAGUCACAAAGUGCUGUCGUGUCAAGUACUCUUACCAUUAGAGUGAUUACUAGUUUAUUUGGAAAAGAAAUUGUUAAAAUUUCAUGUAGCGAUGAUAACGGAGUUACGUUAAUGUGCUUGGCAAAGGAUUACCAGACGGUAUGGUGCUUGGGAAACAAUUUAAAUGGAAUUUUUGGGAUUGGAUUUGCUAAAAAUUUUACCACUCCUAAAGAGCUCACAUAUUUCAAAGAGAAUGACAUUACUCUACAAGAUAUUUAUUGCAAAGGAGGUGAAUGCUUCUUUUUAACAACAACAGGAAGAGUUUAUCAAACGGGCGGCUCACCAGAAUUCUACAUUCCAAAACAAAUCUUGAUUGAGCAUACCAUUGUUACCAUUGAGGAAGACGGAAUUUUUAAAAGUUCUCAUGGCCGAUAUCUAUUCAGUUGUGGAAUGACCAAAGCCAUUGGAGUUUACAAAUAUUUCAAUGAUAGAUUCCAACUGCUUCAUAACGCGUUUUUACACUUUUUAGAUACACAUACUGCAUCCGAUCUCCAAGAUAUAUUCUCCAAGUCAUCCAAAGAAGUUAAAUCAGGUGAAAUAGUUGUAGUACCAAAACCUGUUCUUUUUGGAUGUCAUCACUUCUUUGACCCUUGUUCAGAACUUCCCUUCGAUCCUUUACUUGAAAAGUCCUUUUCCAAGACCACUAUUGGAGGAACAACUUUUUUUGAAGCCACAGAGAAUUUAAAAACAUCGAUGGGACUUCACAACGCAAAUUCUAAUUAUAUUCAAAUACCGAAUAGUACAAUAUCUUCUUCACUAUUUGUGAGCUUUUUAAAUAGCCAACCUAUUCACAAAUUAAUUGUAGGAGAAUUUAGCUCAUCAGAAUAUGAAUUAACAUUUUACCAGAAAGAUGCUUUUUUAAACAAUGUUGAAAAAGAUCUAAUGGCUCUCUCUGAAUUUUUUGGAAUUGAAGAAUUUAGCAAACUCAUUGCAGUCAGUCAUUUAAUUUCUCACAACUAUAACAAGGAGAUUAAUAUAAUUUCAAACUCAGAAGAGCUUUCCAAGAGAGAAAAUUAUGACAUUUACAACAGUUUAUUUGAUUUGUAUAAAUCAAUUGCUGAGCCAUCGAGCAGUAGUGACGACACGCGCACACACAUCAGAGAACAAUAUUUUUCUUCACUCAAGCCACAUUUUCUUCCAAAGCAAAUUCAAUAUGCCUUUGACUUUAAUUUAACCAUUUGGAUUAUUGAGCUAUAUUGCUAUAUAGCAGAACAGACAAAAUAUACAGAUAUGGAUGCUGUCAACACAUUCAAUGUCGUUCAAAAUAUGACGCCCAGUACCUUUGAAGAAUUCAAACAAUAUUGUUACAAUAUUCUGAAUUUACCAAUCACUCGAGAGAAUCGUAAAGAUGUCUCUCGAUUCUUAUCAAAGCAAACUGCUUUCAAUUAUGUGGCCAAAGCAGAAACUGUAUUUAUAGCCGUAGCUCUUUGUUUGGCAAUCAAAAUGCUGUCCAACAAGGAAAUUCUUUCCAAAUCAGUAUUUAAUGUGGAUUCAGAACAUCACAUUCUUCUCUCAGCAACACUUACUUCCUUUGAGGAAUCUGUGUCCAAGUUGUUCCAAAAAGAAGGUCUCUCUGGUUAUGCCUCUACUAACAAAAAAAUUAACGAAAAGCAAAUAUCAAACUUUGUGUUGAGUCACAUGUUAAACUCAGCAGUCUCUCUCAUUAGAGAUUUGAACAAACUUUCUAUCGAAAACAAAGCAUUGCUCUUGUUAAAACAUUUGGUUAUGAAUGUCUUGAGCAAUGAAGGACCAAAAUGGAAACCACCCAACAUGACCGUUUUUGGAAAUCACUACAUUUUGUUAAAGAAAGCAGGUGAAGGAGCUGAAGGUUCUGUAUUUAAAUGUUUUGACAGAACGACCAUGUCCUUUGUUGCUCUCAAACGAUACAAUGAAGUCAUGGAUCAAGAAAAAAUUAAGGAAAUUAAUAGACAUUUAGAUCUUGUCAUGAAACUUUCAGUCCACAAAAAUCUAGUGACCGUAUUGAAAAAGUUUGUCGAGAGAAAAGGUGAAAUGUUUAAUGACUAUGGCUUGAAUGUAGUGAUGAAUUAUAUUCCACAUGGAACUCUUUAUGAUCAUCUCAAUACUUACAAAAACAAUCCUUCCAUGCCUUACUAUCCCGAGUGGCUGUCAUUUGCCAUUGAUAUUGCAUCGGGAAUGGAACAACUUCAUUAUCAAAACUUUAUUUAUAGAGAUCUUAAGAGUGAGAACGUUCUUCUUGACUCUGAUAGUACUGGUUCUCUCGUUUGUAAAAUAUCUGAUUUUGGACUGUUGACACGAUGGGAUCCUAGAAUGAGUGUCAGUCGUAAAGGUACUCCACUGACCAUGGCUCCAGAGUAUAUGGACUCCAAUGUAUUAAUUGACAAAGCUUGUGACAUUUUCUCAUUGGGUUGUGUGAUUUAUGAAUUAUUGACUCUCGAGAGAGAUUUAACUAUUAAUGGUCAACGAUUCCUUUUUCAUGAGGCCAUUCGAAAUAAUCAAUCUUCAGCUCAUGCUAGAAUUUGUAAAGUACUAGAAGGUAAUGGAUUUCCACCUCUCGUUCAGAGAUUAAUUAUUUCAAUGAUUCAACGAAAAAUCUUUUUAAGACCGCAAGCACAUCAAGUGGUACGAAUUUUGGAAUCAUUUCGAGACGAUGGAUUUUUCACAUUGGAAAAACAGCUCGAGCAAUUACUUCUUGCAUUGCCAGUUGUGAGCGAUUCAUUGACUCCAACCAAAGAUCAAGAUCGAAAACGUUAUACCUUUGGAUUACUCAAUGGACGUUAUAAGAUACUUGGAAAGUUGGAUGCAGAAUCGGAUGCAUGUAUUCGAUUUUUAUGUGCUGACACAAAGAGUAAUGAUAAGGAGGUUUUAGUGUUGGUGUUUUUGCAUUUUGGAGUUUUUUGUAAUCAUUUGUCGAAAUAUCAAUUCCAUCAUCGACAUAUCAUGCAAAAAAUUGAGGAAUUUAGUGAAGACAAAAGCUUUGGUAUUGUGACCUCCUAUCUAAACGGAGGAAAUUUGCUGUCUUUUAUUAAGUCGAAAGAUAGUUCAAGUCAAGGAAAUGUAGACACGACCUCACCUCCACUAAAUGUCAUGAUGCAAUGUUGUGAUGCAAUUGUGCACAUUCAUGAACGAAAGAAGGUUCAUCUUGGAAUAUGCCCAGAGAAUAUCUUGUAUCAAUUAUCGUCUUGGAAGAAUAUUGAUGUCAUGGUGGAAGCUUUGGACAAUGUUACGGAUAUUGUUGAAUUGGAAAGAUCCUUACCAAAACAACUCCACUAUAACGUAUUUAUUCCUGAAUAUCAUGCUACCCAUUCGAAUAAGGAACUUUCUUUUGCUUCAGAUAUUUUCUGUUUGGGAGUUGUGUUUUAUCAACUUUUAACUCGAGAUUUGGUAAGUGUUUUGGAGUGA